AUGCAUAACUGGACGGACCAUAGUGGCUGUCCUUUAAACUGCAGUACGACUGACAACGAAACUAACUGGGGGAACGAGUUUCCGUUGAACCUUUUCCCAGUGCCCAUUCUAACCGGGAUAACCGUCACCUGCACCAUCCUCUUUCUUGUUGGAGUUACGGGGAAUUUAAUGACCAUUCUGGUGGUCACCAAGUACAAGGACAUGAGGACGACCACAAAUCUGUACCUGUCGAGCAUGGCAUUCUCGGAUUUACUGAUUUUCCUCUGCAUGCCUCUCGACCUGUACAGAAUCUGGCGGUACCGUCCGUGGAAUUUCGGGGACAUGCUUUGUAAACUCUUUCAGUUCGUCAGCGAGAGCUGCACCUACUCCACCAUCCUGAACAUCACCGCGCUGAGCGUGGAGAGGUACUUCGCCAUUUGUUUUCCCCUCAAGGCGAAGGUGGUGGUGACAAAGGGUCGGGUGAGGUGUGUCAUCUUCGCCCUCUGGAUUGUGGCUUUCUUGAGCGCGGGACCCAUAUUCGUCCUCGUCGGCGUGGAGCACGAGAACGGAACCAACUCCUGGGAGACGAACGAAUGCAAAGCGACGGAGUACGCCAUCCGAUCGGGACUCCUUACCAUCAUGGUGUGGGUUUCCAGCAUCUUCUUCUUUUUGCCCGUGUUCUGCCUGACUGUGCUGUACAGCCUUAUUGGGAGAAAGUUGUGGCGGAGGAAAAAGGAGACAAUCGGACCCAACAUGUCAAGUCGCGACAAAAACAAUAAACAAACUGUAAAGAUGCUGGCCGUGGUGGUGUUCGCUUUUGUGCUGUGCUGGCUGCCGUUUCACGUGGGCCGCUAUUUGAUUUCCAAGUCGGCGGAGGCCGGCUCCCCUCUGAUGUCCCUGAUAAGCCAGUACUGCAACCUGGUCUCCUUCGUGCUCUUCUACCUGAGCGCCGCCAUCAAUCCCAUACUCUACAACAUCAUGUCGAAGAAGUACAGGAUGGCAGCCUGCAAACUUUUUGGAGCAAAGCAGUCCCCGCGAAGGACAGCGUCCGCCAUCAAGAGCGAAAGCUCCCCGGGCUGGACAGAGUCGAGCGUGAGCAUGUGA